UCUGAUCAUUGAUUGUUUCCUUGAUUUAUGAGUGCCAAGUUGAUUGUUGUGUGAAUAAUUUAAUGAGUUAAAAGAUACUGGAUUUACAAUUAAGGAUAACAGUAGCCGGUUUUGACCUUGAAUGUGAUCUGUGAAUAUUACUGAUAAUGUAAUGCAACAAAGAAAGCCUGAGAAUCCUGUUUAUUAUUCCAUUUAUCAACACUUAUUAUUUAGUGAUCAUAUGAUUGAUUGAAAUUGCAAUUGACAAAUAAUGUAUAAACAAUCAGGUUCAAUUAAAAUAUAUAAAAAAUGAGCAAUCAAUUGUUGAAAAUAUUGCGAACGUGAUUUUAUUCAGUUUAAGGAGGAGUUAGAGUCUUCAGUUGAAGAUUGUUUUUUUACGCUUCUGGGUUAUGUUCUUCUUCCCAUUAACCUCAACCAGCUAUCUUUUUCCAUGUUUUGUUAAUCAUCAUUCAUUUUUUUAUAAUCCAACAAAUUGAUUGUUAUUAUUUUACCUGGUUAAUAAUUGUUAAUAAUUAUGAAUUUUCCUACAGUCAAUAAUCCUGAGACAAAUUCUUCCAAGCAUGAUUGGCCAGAAUCAGACAUAUGGUCGGAACAUUCGUAUGGAUUUGCUCAAAGCAGGCAUUUUCGACCUUUUGGUAACGGAGCAGGGUCUUUAUCUGGUGUUUUAAUGGUAGAGGAACCAGUAAAUGAGAGAGAUAGAACACGUGAAUCCCCAUCGGAUACUAAACAACUUAUCGAUAUUGUCCGUGAAUUAAAGAAAAGUAAUGAUGAACUGAAAGCAACAAAUCAAUUGCUAAGUCAGAAAUUGGAGCAAACAAAUCAACUAGUUCAACAAGGAUUCAAGACGAUCAAAGACGCUUUAAGCAACAUACCUGGACAAAUAAGCCAAAACUUAAACACUUCAAUUGUUCAAAACUCUCCAGUUGGCAAUAUUGACUGGCCAAUACUUCAAUGGACGCGUACAUCUGAAUCAUCUUCCAUAAUUUCAUCUCUUCCAGAGGAUUUAGCUGAUGAGGUAGACGAUUUAACCUUCAACAAUCAACUUCAACCUCAACCAUGUACAUCACGAGGCUUAAUUAGAUCUUCCACUGACAAUCAAGAGGAAGUUAAAAAAUUAGCAAAAGCAAUGAAAGAAAAAUUUGGCUUUGAAUAUGAUGAUAAACUUGACUUCGACUUAUGGUUACGAAAAUGAUUUCUUGGAUUGUAUAUUUAACAACAUAAUUUUAUAUCAAACAUCGUUCUGCUUAAUAAUAUUAGAGCUAUGACAAAAUUUUGAUCAUUUGUUUGAAUUUUAAUUCUAUCUGUAAUCUACCUUAAUGGUAUAUCAUCCAAAAUCUUUCAUCUUAAAAUGUUUCCCAACUAUAA